UCAAACUGUUUCGCGCACGGUUUCUGGGUUUUGAAGUUUUUGGUUGUUCUUACAGUUUCUGGCCUGUGGGAAAUCGAAUUCAUGUAAAGAAUAGAAAAGAUGUUUUAAUUCGUCAAAAGACUGGAAUGAUGUCAAAAUGAUAAAAAUGAAUAAGUUGUUAUUGCCGAUUAGGUCUUACAGCACGAAAAGGGACAAAAAGUUUCAAUAUCGAAACACAAAGUUUGUUAACAAUGCUAAGGUUUUAAAGACAAAUGGGGAUAACCGGAAUCCAGGAAUCAGUAAUAGGCUUAGAAUGUACCAAGAGGAUGAGAUGGCAGCUGGAAUUAGUGCGAGUCAUAAAUUCGAAGAACUUCAUGAGGAUAUGGAUGAAUUCGAAUCUGAUUUCAUGAAUGCUGGAACAUCACAUAGAAUGCACGAAGGUGAACUUGCAGUCCAGAAGGAGAAGUUGAAGACCAAAAUAACCUUUAGCAAAUACUUGAAGGAAGUUGAGCCCAGUUUCUUAACUUUUGCCGAAAAAGAAGAAAUAAAGUCUCUCCACGAAAGGGAUCCAAAUGAAUGGUCUGUUGAAAGAUUGAGCGAGAGUUUCCCAGCCUUGCCCGCCACAAUAAAAAAAGUUUUGCAUGCCAAAUGGAGUCCUAAAUCGGUGGAAACAGUUUUGCGAUACGACGAGAAGGUAAUCAGUAAUUGGGAAGCAUUUCAUGCAGGAGAAUUGCCUGUGACACCAACAAUGGAAAAACAUCUUCAGAAUUUCAAGGAUAGACACAUUGUUCUAACGGGCAGAGAACAACUGGCGAAACGAUUCGUGCCCCCCAAAAUGAAAUUCCCGAAACCAAAAAGUACGAUCUUUUCAAAAAUCGCAGAGAAUUUUUUGCUUCCAAAUGUUGAUCAAAAAGUGAAGAAAGAUGACGAAAAUGCUGACUUGGAGAUUAGAAAAAACGUUGAAGGUGACAGCAGAGAUUUUAAAGCCAAUGCAGAUUUUGAUGAGGAGAAUGUUCUUUUUAAAACCAAUAAAAAUUCGAAUAGCCCAAAAACAUAUUUUGAGUCCAACCGAGAUUUUCACAAGAAACGUGUUCUUAAAAACAAUAGAAGUUGGGAUAAGAACAACGCAGAUUUCGAGUCCAGUAGGAAAUUUGACGAAGAGAAUGUACGUAUUAAAAGCAACAGAAAUUUUGACAACAAAAACAUGGAUUUUGAGACCAGCAACAGUUUCGAUAGACAGAAUCUUCGAUUUAUAAGCAAAAUAAAUUACAACAACAAAAAUACGGAUUUUGAGAGCAGUAGUAAUUUGGAUUGCAAGAUUAGGAAUUUUGAGAAGAAUGAAAAUAAACAUCAAGUUCAGAGCUUGACGAUUCGGAAAAGGUACCAGAAUACUGAAGUUUCCCCGAAGGAAGAAAAUCAAAUGACCCUGCUUUCACAGAAUCUAAACGAAUAUGAUUGCACAGGAAAAAACAAGCGCCUGACUUUUGAUGAAUUUUUGAUAAAAAACGUUGGCCAGACGAAAGAUUCUUCUGAUCCAGAAGAUAUCGUUUUGAAAGAAACUUAUAAAAGGCACAUGGAAAAAAUUGCAUUUGACACCAAAUCUGCUAGUUCACCAAAAGAAUCGGAAAUUGAGAAGGGGGAUUUUCAUUCUGAAUCUGAAGUUUGCAGUGUAGAAAGAAAGCUGUCAUCAGUUUCUUUAAAUGAAAAUGAAAAAGGAUCGGAAUCAAGGAUUUCAAGAGGAAAAAUAAGAAGAAAUGAAGUCUCCAAUUUCAAUAAAGAGCCACAAACAGAUCUUAUUUCGAAAAGAGAGGAUAAUGAAUUGUCAUUGAGCGUCGAUAGAAGUGAGUUGAAUACUUAUGUAAAAGAAUGGAUCAAAAAAGGAGAUGAUCUAGAAUAUGAUCCAGAUUUUAUAAAAAUUCCGAAAAACAGGUACAAAGAGGGAAUGACCUACAGAGUGAGGAAUUGUUAUUAUGAUGACGACGGUGAAUUUUUGUACAAAGUUCCCGAAGUGCACAACUGAAUUUUUUACCUGCAAUUUUUUACGUAGAAUUUUCAGUGCUGUUUUUAUUUGUAAUUAUUGUAAAUAAUGAAUUAAAACCUGUGGAAUUGA